AUGGAUGAAAUCAUAGACUCUUACAACUAUCUAUCCGACCAAUACACCAGUGUGGCGUACAAAGUGGCAGAUUUCCAACUAAAACUAGCAGACGUGGAGGACCGCUCUUGCCGCAACAAUGUGCACAUAUGGGGCAUUCCAGACUCUGUGUCAGCAGCAAACCUGGAGGAAUAUUUUAAGUCCUACCUUGUCUACAUUUUGACAGACCUCCCUGCCUGUGACAGAAUCAUUGACCGGAUACACCGGCUUCCUGAAGGCCAUAAUGCACCUCCGGAGCCUUCGAAGGAUACUAUAGAGUGGAUCCACUUCUUCCAUCAUAAAAAUAAGCUCAUGUUGACUUGCAGAAUGCCCAGAAGAGUGCCUGACAAAUAUGUCGCUAUUGCCAUAUACUCAGACCCCUCAAGUCCAUUACUACAUCUGCUUACCUAG